AUGACUGCUUUCAAUCCCCUUACUACUAUUCUUACUCAAAACAAACUAGAGGGUCCGAAUUGUGUUGAUUGGAAACGAAACUUUGACAUUGUCCUAAUUGCUGAAGAGUACAAAUUUGUGCUCGAUGAGGUGUGUCCAGAAAAACCUGGAGAUGAUGCUACGGUUGAUGAACAAAAGGCUUACCAAAAAUGGGUCAAGGCUGAUGAGAUGUCGCGGUGUUAUAUUCUGGCAUCUAUGUCAAAUGUUCUGCAACAUCAGCAUCAGUCGAUGGAGUCUGCUUAUGACAUUCUUGAAAAUCUCAAAAAAUGUUUGGAGAUCGGAAUCGUGCGGCUAAGCAGACUGCCAUGA